AUGAAAGGUAAGUUAUCCGGUGGCCUUUAUCGUCUAGUGGGAAGCAUGAAUAUUGGAACUGCAUCUGUAGUCUCAUCCCAUGAUCCUGAUGAUGAUGUUACACGUUUAUGGCAUAUGAGAUUGGGUCAUAUGAGUGAGAAAGGAAUGACAGAAUUGAGUAAGCAUGGUUUACUAUGUGGUCAAAAGACUGGAAAGUUAGAUUUUUGUGAACAUUGCAUCUAUGGCAAACAACACCGAGUGAAAUUUAGCACUGCUACACAUCGAACCAAGUGUACAGUAGACUACAUCCACUCAGAUUUGUGGGGUCCUUCUCCAGUGGCAUCGAAAAGUGGAUCAUUAUACAUGUUAAUCUUUAUUGAUGAUUUUUCAAGAAAG